AUGAGCAUCACCUAUAUAAACAGGUUGCCCAGCUGGGAGAGAGGACAUCUGCUGGCUAGCGUGGCAUCCAGCACUGACACAUCUACCUUCUCCUCUGAAGGUGACUUCCAGGAGGAGACUAACAGGUACUGCUGGAAACACACGCAGUGUGCUAGGCACAUCCUCCACCCCUUCAUCUCAGACUACGGCCACCACCAGCUACACCUGCAUGCUGUCAGCCACUGUGACUGUGAUUCUAGGGUGAAGGAAUGCUCAGAGAAGGCAGAUAGCAGCAGCUCCCAAGACGUGGGCCAUACCUGCUCCCGAGACAUGGGCCCAACCUGUGUCAAGAUCAUCCAGACCCCUUGUUUUGAGCUCAUCCCAGAGGAAGAAUGUGUGGAAAGGUUCUGGUAUGGCUGGUGUAAAAGCUACAGGCCUGUCUCAGUGGCAGUGAUCCAUCAUCCCAUCCCCCAUGAGGAGUUUGUGGAAGAUGACUUCAAUGGAGAAGUGGAUGAAGAAGAAAGCAAGCCUCCCAUCCCGACCCAGGUGGGGCCUAUCACCAAGUCACCUGACAUGAGCACUGGCACAGUUACGGCCACUGGGACCCCAGACUCAGCAGUUCCCAUUACCAUCUGGCGCUCUGAGAGCCCCACAGGUAAAAACCAGGGCAGCAAGGUGGUCAAGAAGGUAAAGAAGAAGAAGGAGAAAGACAAAGCUGAGGAGUUGUCAGACAAGGAGAAAGGAAAACUGAAGAAAAAAAUCAAGAGGAGCAAGGUGACUAAGAAGAGCCCAGUCAAAUCGGAACCCUCACCUCCAGAUUUGGGCCGAUCAUUAAGUCCAAGAGAGUUGGCGAGGAUGUCAGAGUCCAGCCUAGACAGCCGGGAAGACCUGGAGAGUGAGGACAGCUACGACACCAGACCGGAGGAACCCUCCAGUGAGGAUAUUGCGGAGGUUUCCUCACCCAAGAAGAGAGACAAGAACACAAGCCCAAACAAGAAGUCUGGGAAGGUCUCACAAGUCAGGAAGGUAAAUAAGCAGAAAUCUCCCCCAAUAUCAAACCCCAAUCUCAGUUGA